GUGGUCGACAAGAUACCGAUGUUCGUCGGCUAUUCCCGUUAAAAGGGCGUUCGCGUCCACAUUAAUCCGCGAUUUACCCCAGAGAGUGAAAAAUAAAUAAUAACUUGUGGACCAUAAUACCUCAGAGUGAUGCCCGAUUGGGAAAAACUAUGAAUUUCCCCGUAGACGGGAUCCACCGAAGUCGUGAACAUCAACGUGACAAUUUCAUAAUUUCCACCCCAUAAAGCGGCAUGAUGGGGCCCAAUCGCGGGCCCCGUAUCCCCACCAUCGAGUGACGAGAGAUUUGUCCGGCACUUCCCCGAUUUGAGUGAAUUAUGGGGUGGUAAUGGUGGAAAUAAUGGUGUUUUUGGGAAAUCGCGACUCCUCGCGGAUUGUGUUUGCGCGCGCGCCGAUAUCCUGUGGUCGUUAUGCCCUCGGGGUCAGUGUGAUAAGUGACUCAUUAUUUCAUACCCAAUGUACUAUCUAAACAGGAGAAUGAGGAGUAGUUGAUGAAGAGUUUUUUUUUUCCUUCGAUUGUGAGGAUUUUUUUUUCUCUCUGAUUGGGGAUGCUGGGGCGAUCGAUCGUGAUGUGUCACUGAUAGCUGUGAUAAUGGUCCCUCGGUCGUGAUGAUGAUGCUCGUGGGAUUUUUCACUCGAUUGGACUAACAUGACAAUUUAUCAGUUACUCUUCCAAUGAUUAUACAUCGUGCCAAUAAUUUUUAUCGGAUUUUUUUAUCCUCGGAUUAGUGUGGGUCAAGGGAAUUAACGGCUGUGAGAUUUUUCUGUUGCUGGCAAUUUUCUGGGGGCAAUCAUGGUCGACCUUGGGGGAUACAUUAUCAUUCUUAUGAAUGAUAAUGGCAAGAUCAAACUUUACGGAUCCUCAGCAGAUAACGCUGAUUAUCCGGAACUGGGGGAUGAAAUUUUGGAAGUCAACGGCCGCACAUUGGACAAUGCAACUGAUUCCGAAGUCAGUCAGCACAUUCUCCAGUGCAUCAAAUCAGGGACCAUAAGUCUGCAGGUGACACGUCGCACAGGCAACAAAAUCAAAGAAUUGGACGGGCCAAAUGCAGAGAGAAUACGAGAUGCCUGGGUAAUUGCACUUGAGAGGGGUGCUCGAGAGAGACUGCAGAAAUUGCCGGGACUGAAGAAAAUUCAACCGAGGGAUAUUCAGGCGAUACUCCAUCAACAGAUAAACGAGGGCUCAGCCUCUACGAGUACGGGUGAAACCCCUGAAAAAGACGUGACCAACAGCCACAUCACUGUUACUUUGGCAGAUGGUCAACCAGGAAAUCGUAAUAUUCCGGUGAAGCUGAGCAACGGGACAGUGCCGAAGGGUCUCGUUAAGGACGAAGUAGAAUCGAAAGACCGCCGCGAGACAUUGGAAAAGCAGAAGAGCUAUCCCGAAGAGCAGAAGCUCCUGCCGAGAGUGAACGCAAACAGAAUCAAUGAGCGCAGAGCUAGCAGUCCGUUUCAGAAUGGCAGAACUGAGGUGCUAAUUGGCGAACCUGAGGGCGGACCAAGGUCACCCAGAGGCUCUACUUCAUCAGCCAUCAAUGAUGGAAAUCUCCUGAAUCUUCCUAGAGAAAUCGACAAUCCAGAAGCUAUUUACAGGUCUAGAAGACGCAGCAACAGUGGCGUGACAGACAUCCACCUGCAGCAGGCUCAGGUGCAUGAUAACAAUAACGGAAUCGAUCAUCUCGAGACCAAAGAGUCACGUGAUAAUUCAGGCAUCCCCGAUGAGAUGUGGACCUCGGGACAAACCCCGGGCCACCAUCGGGAAUUGCCGGUCGAUGUUCCCGACACUCUCCUCCAGCAGGCAUAUGCCAACAAGGUAAUAAAUGAAACCCCCAAUUUACGUAGAACCGAGACGCCAACACGUGUCACCAAUUCCCGUAGCGCUAGCCACCAUCAUACCCAUCAAAAUCGCGAUAAACGCCAUCCUGAAAAGAUUCCUCGUAUUAAAAAUGAGGAAACGAUUCAUCAUCUUAAACCGAUUAUCGAUGAGCACAACGGAUCGCUAAAUACCGAUAAUAAAUUGAUCGUCAUCGAUGACGGAGCCCAGCCCAGGAUAAUCGAGAUAACCCUGAGGAACAACGACAAGAACGACAAGACGAAUCAAGAGAGAGUAUCAAUAGUUGACGAAGGCAAGACCAUAAUCGAUAUAUUCGAUAAAUCAAUGAGCGACGUCAAAGAGUCGAGUGUCGACGGGGAUUACGAUUAUCCCUUCGCCAAGGAGGAUUACCCAACGAUGCUGAAGACAUGCAGCGAUGCAUCAGCCAGUCCUCGAAGUUCCUCAGGUAGAUCAGACAGUACAGCAGCGAUGGAUGCGAGUCUGAUUCUACCGGGAAAGGAGUCACCACUCUACGACGCACGUAGAAUCGAUUUGGGUUCACCGUGUCGACCAAUCGGUCUCUUCCUCAGCAAUCGCGAGUCCUUAUCCACGUCAUUUGACAAUCCCGCCUACGGUCUCGACCUGGAUCUCCACCAGGGCCUCCUCAUGCGCUCAGAGGAGAUGACUGAUCUCUCGAUGCUGCUCUCCAAUCAGAAAUCCCUGAAGAAGACCAAGAAGUCGAUCGAUCGAGAGGGAGAGCUCAUCUCAGCUGCAUCCACUGAGGAUCUCUUGUCAAAAGACGUCACUGAUUUUGUCGCUGUUGCAACAGCUGAUACCAGGAAGAAAAAGAAACAAUCGUCGAGCGGUUACUCAACCCUUCGCAGUGACACGUCGGACAAAUCAUUUCUUGUUAUCGGUGCUAAGCGCUCAUUUCGCGAAGUUGCUGUUGAUUGUCCCCCGGAUUUUGUACCGAUUACAAAGGGUCACCCCAUCUAUCCACCACCCGGCAGAAAAACCCAUGACAUCGGCAAAAAAUCAGUAUCUAUUGAUAAUUUAAGUACAGUUAAACCUGAGAAUGACAAACGAGAUCUCUUGGAGGGAUCCAAGAGUGUUAAGACUGGUCUGAAUGGUGUAAAGCCAGCGAUUCCUCCGAGGGAUCAGAAGAGAGCACCAGCUAGACCACCCAAGGACAACGUCAGGAUAUCAAAUCGCAAUAACAAUAUAGAGAUUAAUGAGAAUAUUAACACGACGAAUGAGUCGAUACAGCAGCCACAGCCGACACCUCAGCAGCUUUACUCAAUUAAAAAAUAUCAAGAGCAAUUACGACAGAGAAAGGACCAUGAAGAGCGUCAGGAAUAUCUCCAGGAGUCGAUACGUCGCUCAAAGAAACUCUACGCCCUUGAGAGUCACACGACGAAUCUCGUCGGCCAGGAAAACCUGGCGUACACUCAGGACGAAUUUUCCACACCUACCCCGACGGCAGAUCGAAAAAGACGCUCCGUUUCCCCGAAAGAAAUUGAAGAAUCCUCGACAGCUCUGACUUAUGGAGAAGUCGUGGCGAUUCUGGAGAGGCUACAGAUGCAGCUGAAGAAUCUGUCAGGUGCACUAGGCAUCUCUGGCCCUGGGGUUGAGGCGGAAUUGGAUGCGGUUAGAACGCUUUUGAUACAGAGGAGGUUUGCAACAGCCCUCAGUACACAUCAGGUACUCAGAUCGCGGCUCAGGGCGGAUAAAUUACCGAAGCAUUGCGAUGACGAUGCUUCCAACCUGGCACGUGAUUGCGUGGAGGUUCUGGAGGAGUGGCAAUCGACGGUGAAGUCGAGCGAAAAUGUAGCCCUCGUCGAGGAGCUCACGGGUUUAUUGACGAGCUACGAAAUGGAGGGGUUAUUGCUGUCACACGAUUCAGUAAUAUCGUACGUCGAUGGAGUACAGCGCAAGCAGAGCCCGUCUUCCUCAUCCCCCAGUGAAACACCAAGUCUUUCAUCUAGCUAUCGAGAUUCAAGGAAUACAGAGAACAUCAAGAUUAUUAAAAUUGAAAAGACGAAUGAGCCACUCGGUGCUACUGUCAGAAAUGAAGGCGAUGCUGUUAUAAUUGGGAGAGUUGUUCGAGGUGGUGCUGCGGAAAAAUCCGGUCUCUUCCAUGAAGGAGAUGAAGUUCUCGAAGUUAAUGGGGUGGAAAUGAGGGGCAAGAGUGUCAAUGAAGUCUGCGAUAUUCUCGCAGGAAUGCAGGGGAGUCUGACAUUUCUCGUUUUACCAGCUUCCAACAAUUAUCGAAAUAACGUAACCAAUACUGUCAAAGACGAUAACAGCCAGGUACAUCACGUGAGAGCCCACUUUGACUACGACCCAGAAGAGGAUCCUUACAUACCGUGUCGAGAGCUCGGUGUAAGCUUUCAGAAGGGUGACGUCCUCCACGUCAUAUCUCAAGAGGAUUCCAACUGGUGGCAAGCUUACCGCGAGGGAGAGGAGGACCAGACACUGGCUGGUUUAAUCCCGAGUAAAGCCUUCCAGCAUCAGCGGGAAUCGAUGAAGCAGACAAUAGCUGGUGGCAAGACUACGAUGCGUGGAGGAAAAAAAUCGAGUACUCUAUUGUGCACGAGGAAGAAUCCAAAGAAGAAGAAGAAACGGAGCAAAUUUGGAAGUAAUUUGAAUGAGGAUGGAUAUCCACUUUAUUCAACUUCGACAAUCGAUGAUUACGAUAGCGAAGAGGUUUUGACUUACGAAGAGGUAGCACUAUAUUACCCGCGGGCAAGUCAUAAGAGACCAAUUGUUUUAAUAGGACCUCCGAAUAUCGGAAGGCAUGAGCUGAGACAACGUCUCAUGCAGGACAGCGAAAGAUUUGCUGCUGCGAUACCACAUACGAGUAGACCACGAAAGGGUUCAGAAGUUGAUGGCCAGGAUUACCACUUCAUUUCUCGUUCACAAUUCGAGUCGGACAUCCUCUGCAGAAAAUUCGUGGAGCACGGAGAGUACGAGAAAGCGUAUUACGGCACCUCAGUGGAGGCAAUACGAACGGUAGUGAAUUCAGGAAAAAUCUGCGUCCUGAAUCUCCACCCCCAGAGUCUGAAAAUCCUCAGGAAUUCUGACCUGAAACCUUACGUGGUGUUUGUGGCACCACCCAGUCUCGAGAAGCUGCGGCAGAAGAGGCUGAAGAAUAACGAGAGCUUUAAGGAGGAGGAGCUCAAGGACAUUAUCGAGAAAGCCAGGGAGAUGGAGGACAAGUAUGGACACCUAUUCGAUAUGAUUAUCAUCAAUAAUGACACGGAUCGUGCUUACAAUCAACUACUCACUGAGAUAAAUUCACUGGAGCGCGAGCCACAGUGGGUGCCAGCCACUUGGGUCCAGUGAUACAUCAUUCAUGAUGCUGUAAAAUUCACGUAGAUAAAACGAGAGAUGCAAUACUUUAGGCCAUUUUCGAGUGCCUGAAUUUUAUUUAUGGAGAAUACGAAAAUCAUCAUCACUACUGAACCUCUUAACCUUGAGGGAGUCAUUCUGCACGUAUGAAAAAAUUUCAUUGAAAAUAAUUCUUUCCUCCGGAAAUUCCAUUCAAUUUCUAUUAGGACACUGGGAAAAAAUGUUGUGGGAUAUCCCUAAAUUUUUUGAAAAUAUAUAUGGAAAAAAUUUUAAUCGAUUAAAAUUCGUAGAGAAAAAAUUAUGACAUGAAUUAUGAAGAAAAAAUCGCAGAUUUUGAGAAUUUUUGGAGAAUGUCAGAAACUAUUCUGCAGUAGAGAAAAUAUCAAAUUAUUACUGAAUUGAUAUUGAGUGCCUGUUGAUAUUUAAUAGAAUUUCUUGGAGAAAGUGUCAGAUUUUUUAAUGAAAUUUCUCCACAUGUGUGAACAUGAGAAAAUUCACAGACUCGUGGUAACAAUACUUAGAUCUGAUAUAUGUAUCGAGAUAGAUGAUAGAUGAUAAUGAAUUUGGUGGAUAACUUCGAGAUGUGUACAGAUAUUAUUGCAAUUGAUAAUUCGACGAUCGCGAGGUUCAUGCGGAGAUAUUUUAUACAUGUACGUAUGUGAGUGGAAAAAAUGGAGGUGUAUUGAAUUCAAAAAAGGCUUCACGUUGAAAAUAAUUUGGAGAAAAACUGUUACAUCUCCUAAAAAAAUCUGUCAAAUUCCACUGCAACACGUCCAAUAGAAAAUCUCCUUCAGAGUUUAAUUGUCCUACAUUUAAUUCUUGGCAGUGAAAUUAUGAAAUUAGUGUGGACUUUUCGGCGAUUGCGCACAGUUUUUCUACAAUUUUUUUUCACUCGUGUGUUGACGUUUGUGGGGACGAAUGAUUCAGUUUUAGUGCUUGUUGUGAAUGAAGCGAUGUAUGAAUUAUCUAUCGUAAAUAAUUGCCAGUCAGAAAAUUUUCCAAACAAUCUAAUCACCAGAUUAAUUAAAUCCCUUGAACAAGUGCUAAACCUAAAGAAUUCGUCUUGAAUUUCUAUUCUGUCCAAACGUAGGAUAUUUCACCCUAAUAACAAUUCAUUUCCAAAUCAUUGUUAUAUUAAUUUGUAUUAUUUCCUCUUAUCGGGCCAAAUGGAAGAAAACGUCCGAAACUCUGUAAAUAAUUGAACAAUUGUAUAGAUUAAAAAAUCGAAAUAGAAUCGACAAAAAUAAAGAAAAAAGAAAUUAUUUAUUAGAAAAAGAAAAAACUAUGAAUAACCACGCAAUAAACCAUGAACAGUAACAGAAAUGAAACUGGCUCUAAAACACA